AAAUCAUGGAUGAAAAUCUAGCAGCCAACCCAUUUGCUGCUCUCUUUUCAAGUGUUGAACAAGCUAAAGCAUUUAGUGAAGACACUUCACUAAACAUUGGUGAGGACAAGCAGUAUGAUGAUGAAGAUCAACUGGAUGAGUCAGGUAGCUAUUUAAUUUCUCAUGGACUUUCAUUUUCUAUAUGCAUACAUCUUGACUUAUUUAUAUGCAUACAUCUUGACUUAUUUAUAUCCAACUAGGGCUUAACUGGUUGCAAUUUUUCUACACCGGGUCUGGGUAUUUUGAGAAAUACUCUGCGGGUCCUAGAGUUACAAAAAAAGACUAACUUCUUAUUUUCUAUAAUAUGCAACAAAAUCUACUGCCCUCUUUCAUAGUGAGAGUGCAUUGCCUUCGUCAACCGUUUGUGUCAAGAAAUAACCCACUGAUAGGAAGAGGCAUUGCUGGAUCCCGUAAUAGAGGUGACAUACAAAAGCCUGUAGAGAGGGACAAUACUGUAAUUCUUUUUCUGAGAAUGACUUACAAAACAACAGUCGCAGUAUAACCAAAAUGGCAAUUCUUUCAUCUACCUGGCUACGGUAAAGACUCACAGGCGCACACGUGCCUGAAUGGAAAGGAGAGUGCAGUUCUGUGUGGUGUGAAGCCCCAGAACAAAGAUGUGAAAAAACAGACAUUUUUUAAAAUAAAAAAAUUCCGCUCUAAAGAAAAAUUUCAGCCUAUUUACAGGAGUUCAGACGUCACACACGCAGCUCGCUUUGUGGCAGCCUUUUUUUCAUUCUGUACUAUUUAGUAAAUUACUUUUAUCAUGAUAAUUUAAAUCUAAAUUUAUCUAUGUUAAUUAAAAAGAAGAAAUAUUUAUUUAAACAAUAAGAAUGCUGUUACUCAAAAACUCAAACAUUAAAAAAAUACUAUAAUUCUAUUUAUAUCUUACAAUUUAAAUAAUGUUUAAUUUUUCUAGAUAUUUCUGAGAGUGCCAGCAAUACGUCUUUAGAGAUUGAUGAAGAUAAAGAGAUCAAUAUACUUGCUGAGAAUAUUUUUAAAGUCUCGCUUCAGCCUGGUAAUUAAUUUUCUUCUUUCAUUUUUUUUUUCAAUAUAUUAAUUUUAUUGUCCAACAACAUUUUUAAAAUGUGUAAACUUUAAUUUCAAGUUCAACAUUUUCAUUAAAAUUUAUCAUUUUAAAAAUAUGUAUUGAUCUAAAUGUUCUUGGAUGCUUAUGUUAAUAAGACUCUUUUCAAAAUUACAACUCACACUCAGGAACAGUUAUUCUUACCUCACAAUUAUUUGACGAAAGUCUUGCUAUAGACUAAUUUUAAGGAACAACGAUAAACUGAAAACAAGGAAUGUAAAGACUGGAAAAAAAAUAUGUACACUUAAUGACAAAGCAAAUUCCAUUCAUUUGGAUCAAUAAAAUUAGGUUAAUAAAUAGAUUACAAGAUAAUUUAAUCAAAUAAAAUCAGCUGUAUUGAGUAAUCUUAAAGGGAAUAAAACAUGUAAAUGCUUACAAAUACCAAGAUUUCCACUGUAUAUUUGAUACUAUUGAAAAAGUUAUAAAAAUUUAAUGUAACAUAAAAUUAAAAUUUAAACUGAUUUAAAAUAUAAAUACUUUUAAAAACAUGUUGUUUUAAAGCUAAUAAAAUUAAUGAUUAUUACUUAACAGCAAAAGUCACAAAUAAAAAGCCAUUAAAUAACAGUAUAAUUUUUAACAGCAGAUACUAAAAUUUACAGGUAACAAAUAUUAUGGUUUUGGUUAUGUUUUAGAUUUUUAUAAGGUACAAAUAAUCUUGGAAUAAGCUUACUAACCACAUAUAAAUUUUUAAAAAAUUGUGGGUUGUGCUGACACUUAUUUUUUUGUCUUUUAUUUUUAGAUCCCACAAAACGUCAUAGCAGAAACGUCAGGUACUUUGCAGAAAUAGCAGAAGCUUAUGUGGACAAUCCCAAUAUCAGCAUCUCUAAUCUAAGACAUGUCAGUGUGUUAAAGUAUUUCUUAUAUAAUUUGAUCAUUUCAAAAAUUAAUUUAUAAAAAGCUUAAAGAACUUUUGACUGAAAUUUUUUAAAAAGCUAAGUGAUUUGUUACAAAUACUAAUCUAUGAAAGUAUCCAUUAAUAUUGAAUAUUUUUAAAAAUGAUCAAAAUAUAUAAUUUUUGUUUAACAUACAUUUUUAAAAAUCAUAUAUUUCAGAUUGUCUUUGAAGUGCUUAUGCUUGAUGGACAUGAGGAAGAUUUUGAAAUUAGCCAUCAGUUGGAUGAUCAGAGAGAGCAAGUUUUUGAAAAUCACAGCAUUGAAAACUCAGAAGUCUUGACCUACCUGUACUGUAGCUAUAGAAGGUUUUUAAUACAAAAUGAAAAAUAUCAGGUUUGUUUUCAAAUUAAUUAAAAAAAAAAAUAUUGCAUCAUAAUCUGCUUAAGUUGAGGUGUGAAUUUAAAAUUAAGCUAAUGUUUGAUUUCCCAAAAAUUUAAUUGAUUUAAAAAAACAAAAAAAUAGAUUUUCAUUAGAAGAAAUAUAAGAAACAAAAUUGUUUUAGCAAUGCCAUUUUAGACUUAAACAUUGGUUUUAAAUAAUAAACAAGUAAUAAAAAGAUUUUGACUUAAAGUAUGCUGGUGAAGAUAAAAAGGUUUAAAUUGAGUGUCUAGACAAAUAUGCAAAUGUACUUUGUGCAACACCCGGCCAAUUUAAGUAAAAAAUAUGUUUUCUCUUGGGUCAUUGUUUCCAUUUUUUUGUGAUAUUUCAGCGUAUUUCAUUUCACACAGAUCCUAUUUGCUUUUCUUUGCAUUGUAUGAUAUUUAAUAAUGAUAUUUUUUUUUUUAAUUUCUUCAAAAAGCAUAGAGCCUCAUUUCAUUUUAACUGUUUUUCUGUCAUAGGAUACCAAAUCAGAGAGGAUUUUGUCAUUCCUGAAAGAAUGCAAAGAAGUUAUUUUAUUGAAUGCAAGAAUGUGCUUGCAGCAGGUUGAGUUGUACCAAUAUCAGGAUUUUGUUAGCCAGUUUAUAUACCUCUGUUUGGAGGAGGAUUUGCCAACACAAGGUAAGUUACAUUUUUAAGUACGAAUUUUUUUUUUUUAAUGCGUGCAUCAUUUUAGAGUUAAGAGAGGAAGGCUGUUUAAAAAUUCUUUUAAUUAAAAUAAAAGUUUUUUAUAACUGGAAAUUAUAUAUAUAUCAAAUAUAGAUCUUGUCCUCUGUUUGGUUCACAGAUAUCAACAAUUAUCCUUGUCAGUUUUUACGUGAAGUGUCAGAAGCUAUAGAAAGCAAUAGUGACCAAGGAUCACUUAUUCAGUCAUUCCAACCCAUUCUUCAUGAGAUAAAACUGAGAUUGAAUUCAGAGACCAUGAGCAUUGUUGACAAAGAUGCCAACAGAUAUGUUAAAGUCCUUCAUUUUUUUACUGGCACAUCAGCAUUGGCUAGAGUAAGUAGGGUGCCAUAGCUGUGAAGGUUGACAUUAAUGUCUCACAGCAAUAUGAGACUGCACUAAAAGUUUAUUUAGAGGCUAGAAGCAGUUACAUAAACUGACCUAAUAAAGUGAACUAACGUCAUUAGAAUCUUUAACAUUAAGCUCACUACUUAAAUGUGGAUAACAAAGAACCAGAAGAUGAUUAAAAAAAUUUACAAAUUCAGGAGUAAGUUGUGGAAUUUUAAAGGUUGUGAAAACACUCAACAAAAAAAUUAUUACAAUUUAAUGUCAAUGUUUUCUGAACAAGUCAGACUCUCCUAAAUUUUUUUUUAAGACCUUAAAAAUUUUCUUAAAAUUUUAGAUUCACUCUUGUUAAUAUUUUCUAGACAUUUUUAUCUCUCAACACACCGGAGCCAUCCCAAAAUUUUCAUGGAAGAAUCUAUGAAAUGACCCCGAUUGGUGCAGCACUUAGCCUGAGUGUUCUGCCUCGUGGAGAAAAUGGACCUUUCCAGUUCUUUUCAAAGCCUUCAACCCAGAGCAAGAAAGAAGUAGAUAUGGUGGAACAGAGCGUCUGGCGGGUAUGCUUAUGAAAAAUCUUGUUUAAAAUAUAUAUGUUACUAUGAAAGUUUGACUUAAAUCAUUAACACAUCACAUUUUAUGCCAUCAAAUUUGUACUUAGCAAGAGGACUGUAGAACUUAGCAAGAGAAAUGUAGAACUUAGAAAAUAAUAUUGUGAUUUAUUAAAUAAGGUAAAAUGUUGAUCUAGCAAUUAAUAAAAAUUUUUAAACAUUUAUAUCUAACUUAAAAGCUAAAAUCUUCUCUGUUCUUAUUUUCACUUUUUCUUGCUACCCCUGAGGUGCCUACUGGCGUACCCUAGCGAGCACCCCAGUUUGGGUGACCUUGUUUUAAAAUAUCUUGAGUCUGCUUUAUUUAAUCAAUUACUAUUAACACCUGCACUGAAAUAUUGAUUUUUCAACAGUCAACAGAGCAGCUUGUGAGUGGUAUUCACAAAAUAUUUGUUGACCUGAUGAAAGUGACACCUGACAUGCGACAUUACACAUUGCGGUGGUUAGGACUCUGUAUCCAAGGAAAUGCAGGUAAAAUAUAUUACUGUGUGUCAUGAACAAAUGAGCUGAGGAACAAGUAUUACUGAAAUUAAACAUUUAAUGUUCUUUUGGGGAAAAUUUUACCUAUUGAUUUUCAUAAUAACCUUAUUAAUUAUAACCUGAUCUUACAAAGAGUUUCAGACAUGCAAUACAAAGUUGUUUACAAUCAUUAACAGGUCGUGCCAAGUUGUGGGCCAGCAAUCUUCCAGCUGAUCUGUUUGUCAGUGAUGCCUUCGCCGUGAAUCUCACUCACAUGCUCUUGAUGUUUUGUAAGCCAUUUUCAAACCCCAACUCAUCCAAACUUCUCAAAAUUCAGCCAUCUUACACAAAAGCAGUCGCCAGUGGAGAUAAAGAAAUGCUACGGAGAUCAGUGCAUCUUCUUGGUAUGUGGAUCUUCUUGUCUUUUAUGUAUACAAAAAAAAUAGAGGGGUGAAUUUGUGUGUCUGACAUUUAAACAGGAUGAUUUUUUUUUUAAAGUUGGGGGGGUGGAUUAAAUAUUUCAUUAAGUAAGCUGCUAUUAGAGAUAAUACAUUUAAUUAUCUAGUACAUGUUUUCCUCCGUCUUUUUCAGGAAUGCAGAAAGAAACUUGCUUGAUUCCAUUGGAUGAAUCAGUGACCAUUGAAGAGGAUGACACUUUUACUUUUAUCACAGAGUGUUUUUACAUAACUCAAAAAGCAAUUCAGGUAGGUAAAGGCAAUUUUUAAAAUUAUUAUCUAUGGGUUUUUUUGUUAUUUGAAAUAACCCAUUUAAUAACCAUUAGCUGUGUAUGGAAAGGUUCCAAUGUUGUCAUUUUUAUUUCUUCACAUUUUAAAGUCUUGGAGGUAGUGUAGAUAUUGGGUCCCAGUACACCCAUAAAAUAUUUUUUGGUCAUUAUUAUAUCUUCUGUUUAAAAUUGAAAAUAGAGAAAUGAAGUUAACAUGUCAUAUUGGCCUUGUCAUACCCUGAUUUUGAUAGCACAUUCUUAAAGUUUGCAAUAUACCUACAUUUUAUCUUCUCUUUGAAUACACAAACUUAAUGCAUUAAUGCAGUUAUUCCCAGAGCCAUGGCAUGAAUUUUGGAGGCCCACUGCCACAUUCAAAAUUAUUUGUUUAAUUAAUUUCCACAUAACAACUUUGGGCCCCUUGCAGGGUUUGCAGGGCUUAUGGGACAGCUAUGGUUAAUCCCCAAAUAAAAUAUGCAAUUGAGCUGUCAUUAUUUAGAGUCAACAAAGAAUUCUGUUGUUGACAUAAGGCAGCUGGAAUAAUCUUACUGUACUCUCAUUCUAUCUAGGUAUUUUUACAACCUGUGAUAGGACGACUCUUAUCAGUAAAUAGAGACCUGCAUCAGAUUCAGAGAUUAUAUAAUGAGGUGAUACAGCAGUCCUCUGGGAAUGAAGAACCUGUUCUCAACAUUAAGGCUAGGAUGGAAAAAGGUAAGACUUAAAUGUACUUUUAAAAAAAUAAUUAUCAGAAGCAUCAAGACGUUAUAAUAAGGCUGCGACUAUUCGUACCCGGGUACCAGAAGUGAGAGGUUGGGAUUAAAAAACUAUUUAAAACUUUAUUGUUGGGUUUGUAAGACAAAAUGAGGUAUCAAAUGAAAGAUAAUUGAAUGAACUAUAUGUUUGUAAACUUACUUCUUCAGUUUAACUAAAACAAACUACCACAAAUGACAUCGGAAUAGCUUGAGUCUAAUGGUACCCGGGUGCGAAUGGCGGCGCUGCGUGUCUGGGUCCAUUUUGACUCAGUGCUUUUUGGAUGUCAUUUGUGGUAGUUUAUUUUAGUUAAACUGAAGAAGUAAGUUUACAAACAUAUAGUCCAUUCAAUUAUCUUUCAUUUGAUGCCUCAUUUUGUCUUACAAACCCAACAAUAAAAUUUUAAAUAGUUUUUUAAUCCCAACCUCUCACUUCUGGUACCUGGGUACGAAUAGCCACUUCGUUAUAAUAAUUUAUUUUUAAUGUCUUUAAAAAACGUAUUUAUUUAAAAUAAUGAGAACUCAUUUAUCUUUCUUGUUGCAGCCAUGUCUUUUUACUUGAAUCGCAAGGCAGCACUCACACAACCAGAGUUGUUAUCCUUGGCUUUUAAUUUUCAAAUCGCUUCAUCAGCAUGGCUCUGCCUAUUAGCUACAACAUCUCUGCCAAAGGCAUCGGAUGUUACUUCAGAUACUCAGGUAGUUUGGCAAUUUUUUGUGCAGCCACUGCAGUUUUAUGUGUAUGGUGACUUCACACUCUUGAUAACUGCAUUUAAUUUGUUAACAAUUCAGCAAGAGCCCAGUUUAUAAAGUCAUUCUAAUGUGCAUCAACUAAGGUAGUGGGUCAUUUUAUCUGGGGAAUGCUACACAUAUCUGUGGGAUUAAAAGAUGACAACUCCUCCAUUUUGUUAUAAUCUUGCCAUAUAGUUUUUACAUGUAAAAUUGUGGAGGAAUCCUUAUUUCAUGUCAUCAUUUAAGUUUUUUACUCUAUCAUAAAUUUUGUAAUUUUAUUUUUUGAAUUACUGGAUUUUUUAAAGUAUGCAAAUAGUUUUGGCGUAUAUUCUAUACAAUGGAUUUCAGAUUAUUAUUUUUUUUUUUUUAUAAAGAUUCAGCUUAAGGUUGGAUUACUGCCUAGUUGGCCAAGCUUUAAGAUUAAAACUUUUACUUUAUUUGGAUAAACUGUUUCAACUUGUCUUAUUGUCUAGCUACCAGAGCUCAAGUUUCCCUUGUCGGAAUCUGUGCCCCAUGUGUUAGCUUGUGUGCCUGAGUUUAUAGCUGAAAAUAUCUGCCACCUCAUCAACCAUAUACACAGAUUUGAAGACAGAGUACUAGAAUCUGAGGAUAAGAGGUAACAACCACUAGUUGGGUAACUAAUCACUUAUAAAGUAAGACUUUACUGGCAUGCACAUAAGAACCUUGUGAUAAGGUAUGGAAUUAUUACAGUCCAUUUGAUUCAUUUUUUUGUUUUAAAUUGACAUAAUUUAGAUGGAAAAAAUGUUGAAUAACUAAAAAUAUGAUACACAAAAAUAUUUUAAGAAACAAAAUUUUAAGUAACUUUCUGUCUAAAUACAGAAAGCGCAUUCCAAAAUUGUAUAUAUUAAAAAAAAAAACACUCUUUUUCUUCAUAUAAGAAAGAGUCCUUUAAUUGCUAACUAGAUGCAAUUUUUUUAUUACUUUUGUGCAGAUUAGAGCACCUUCUGUCAUUUGUACUUGUGUUUAUGAGUUCUCCAAAACGAAUGAAGAAUCCACAUCUGAGGGCUGAGCUGGCUGAGAUGCUGGCGUCUCUCAUGCCUCUGCAAGCCAAUGAGAUUCAUCCUGAAAGACUUCACGGAUCCCAGUAAGAAUGUUUGCAUUUACAUAAAACCUCAUUAACAUCGAUAGAUCAGCACCGUGCUUAAUUAUGUAUUCAUGCACUUAAAAAUAACAAAGACAGAAGUUUUUUCAUUCAUCCUCAAAUUUCAUUACAAAAUUUUAAGUUAAUUAUUUGAACCUCCCUAUAGGUAUUUCCGAGAACAGCUUUUUGAAAGCCAUCCCCAGGUGGCGUACAUACCUGAGACUUUGCUUCAUGUUUUUGUCAGCAUUGAAAUGACUGGGGAGAGCGUAGCAUUUGAACAAAAGUUCAACUACAGGAGACCAAUGUAUAAUAUUCUUAAAUACAUUUGGAACAUACCUUGUCACAAAGAGAAAUUAAAGGUAACUGUACUUCAACUUUGCCAUUUUACUGGUCACAAUUUUUAAACUUGUUAAAUCUUUUCUGUUGCUUAUUAGCUUUGGACAUUAAUCUGACUGCUAAGUGGUAAUUUUCCCAUUAAAUAAUUUUCAGAGUCUAGCAAAACACGCAGAGCAGAACAUCAUGUGCUCAGAACCACCGCUGUUUUUAAGAUUUAUCAACCUGCUGGUCAAUGAUGCCACAUAUUUAUUGGACGAAGCCUUACGGGUCAGUGUGGGUUUCUCUUUAAUUGAGACUUGGUAUAAACAAAAUCCAAGACCUUAAGGGUGUGUGUGUACAAUGUACAUUCACACUAAAUCCUCAACUGGCAAUAGUAGUACUACAUAAUUUUAAAGCAACAUACAAGACCUUUGGGGUGUGUGUACAGUGAACAUUCACAUUCGCACUAAAUCCACUACCGACGGCAACAGUGCUACAUAAUUUAACAGCGACAUACAAGUUUUCAAAGAAGAAUAGAGGCUGUGAAGCAACUUUCAUUUAUUUUUCGAAAAAUUAAAUACAAAUUUAACACUCUUUAUUCACUUCAUUUGUUCAAAAGAAUAGCUUAUAAAUAUAAUUUUAUUAAGGUAUUUAAAUCAUAUUUAAACCUUUUACAAUAUUUAUUGAAGUUAAAAAAAAUAUCACUUAUUAACCUAUUAUAUUUAUCAUUUAACCUAUAAAAUGUAUAGAUAGAUUUUAUUUUUAAAAAACUUUCAGACUUAUGAAAUUAUCUUUUAAAUCUUUUAGUGCAUGGGCCAGAUAAAAGAAAAACAAAUGGAAAGAGAUCGGGGAGAAUGGAGUCGUCUACCGGAGGCACAGCGCCAUGAAGAGGAAGCAAAUCUCCAACAUGUUUCUAGGCUGGCACAGUAUCACAAUGUUAUGGGCAGUUCUACCAUCAGCACAUUGAGAAUGAUCACUGGAGAGAUCCAGUCCAUAUUCUGUCAUCCAACUUUUGUGGACAGAAUUGCCAGCAUGCUCAAUUACUUCUUGUGUCGAUUAGUAAGUCAGUAUAAUCUUUUAGUGGGAAUGUUGUACAAACUGUCAUAGUGCUAUAAUAAUGCUUUAGACUUCACCAUACAUAGAUUCCAUGUCACUUGAAUACUAUAACUGGAAGCGACCAAAAAUUUUAUUGAUUUCAUAUAUUUUGACCACUCAACUUCUGUCAGAUAUCUUCGUUGCAAGUUUGUUCACAUUCGUGAUUCAUUCUUAUCUGUAAAUUAACUUUUUAUUCAGGUUGGACCUAAGCAAAAGGAGUUUUCUGUAAAAGACAAAGACAAUUAUGAAUUUAAACCCCAAGAAACUGUCUCCAACAUCUGUGCCAUCUAUUUAAACCUGCAGCAGAGUGAUCAGUUUUGUCAAGCCGUCUUUCAGGACCAGAGAUCUUAUAGCUCACAGUUAUUUGCACAGGUAAGGAUUUAAAUUUUGUACAAAAACUGUUACAGCAAGUUAAGCUUUUCUCAAAAUUUAAAAAAAAAAUACUUGUCAAAAAUCAUACUUUAACAGAUGUAUCAGAAAGUGAUUCAAUCUGAAUGUAAGUUUCUGCUCCACAACAACAAAAAUAAGAGUCAGGUUCUCCAAAUAUUUGUCAGCAGGAGACAGUGGGACAAACUUUGAGUUAAAAAUUUCUUAAGAAAAAAUUGAAAUGGUUAUGUAUUAUGAGUGGCAAUCACUUCAUUAUUCACAGGCCAGCCAGGUGAUGGAGAAGAUUGGAGAAUCCUCAGAGGCUGUUUUGGAUUUUUUGCAGCUAGAUGAAAAAAUAAAGGUCAGCUGAACAAUAAAAUAGUCAAUAAUUUAUUAUUUUGAAAUGGAAGUCAUUUAAAUCCAUUUUUUUAAAAUAUUUUUAAAUAACAUGUUUUGGUGUUAGAAGAUUUCUUUUCUGUAGCUCUAAAUUUUCUGUUUACUGUUUGACCACAGGCCAUGCAGACAACAAAGAUGUCAGAAGAGCAAGCCUUAGCUGAUGCGCCAGAGGACUUUCUUGAUCCUAUAAUGGGGACAUUGAUGACAGAUCCUGUGAUGUUGCCAUCUUCCCACAAUAUUGUGGACAGAAAUGUCAUUGCGAGGCACAUUCUCAGGUACUUUACACAUUUUGAGUAUGUGCUAUCAGUCAUGCUAUAUCACAUUGUGAGUGUUCAUUGAAAAUGGAUUUUUUAAAAUGUUUGUUUGAGCUGUCUAGCCAACAGUGAUUUGUUGUAGGAACAAAAUGUGUGGUUUGUUUAGUUUGUUAUCCUGGAAAAUCUAAAUAUUGCCUUAUUAAAAGUAAUGACCAAAUAAAAAAAAUAGUCCUCCAUUGAAGAAGUCUAAAAAACCCUGAACUCACAGACCUGAUUGGCAUCAGUAGACAGAGCUUUUAGUUGCAUUAAAGAAGACUUCUGCUUUGAAGAAAAAUGUAUAUACAAAUUUUCAUUUUAAUAAAUAAUACACAUUUUAAAAUAUGUUAUGUAUAUCAUUAGAGCUUAACUUGAACCAAAAUUGAUUUCUCCAGUGAUCAAACAGAUCCGUUUAACAGACAGCCCUUAUCUCUGGACAUGGUCAUUCCACAACCUGAGCUCAAGGCCAAAAUACAAGCUUGGAUAGAGGAAAGAAUGAAAAAUGUAUAACAACGUGCUUGCUUAGGUGUUAGUAGGAAGUAGUGAACUAAUGGGCAGUUUGGUCAGGCAUAAAAUCUGUAAAAGACAAAACUUAAAAAUUUUAAGUUUAGUGUAAGAACAUGUAAAUAUUUUAACUUACUAUACAUGUGCCUUCACAGUCUGUUAUGAAAGGGACAAAUUCUUGUGAUGGUGUUUGAGUGAAACGAUGAACACAUUCUUGGGUUUUGGG